GGCGAUUCUGCGCUAGAAGUGAAGAGUACCGUCAUUUCUGGGCAUAUUGGCACAAAGAAUGAAGGGUUCUUGAGACUUGCUGUUGUCAUAUUGGCGAAGCGCAACUACUGUACUAGUGCUGUUGUUGGCAGCUAGUUAUCCUCUCCGCGGUAACUACGACGACAUGCCGAGCAUAUGUGGUAUUGCACCUAACAAAGUCGCUCAUGCUGCACUGUAUACGCAUCCACGGACCGUAAAUCUCAGAAGAAGUGGAAGGCAAAUGCAUCAUGUCAAGGGACACGAUUCAGGUACAAAACCUAUCAAAUUUCACUUUCGGACUAGAAGUCAGUAGGAAACGCCGACGCCAUUUGUACCUGCAGCAAUGCGCUCUGUGCUUUGCGUUCUCCCACUGUGUUGAUAUCCUGCUAUAACCGUUGCGAAGGGCCGCGACCACGGUCCCAUUACUCACACACGUUCAGAGGACACGUACCAUACCCGACUUCUCCCUCU